UGCGCAUCACAUCAGAUUCACCCGCCGAUGCUCACUGGAGGGGAGUGGAGCUGUGUCUACCGCAACAAUUCAUAUUCAUCGACAGUCAUAUGCUAAAAAUGCUCGCUCAUCAUUUGAUGGAUUACACAGGCCUUGAAUAAAUGAUGCAUUUAUCAUGUUCAUGGCAAAAAUAUGAAAACUGCAUGGUGAUUUUAAUUUCAGAGGAUUCCGCGCUUGAAAGUUGGCAGAGAAAAGCACAACUGGAUACCAUGCAUCUUUUUGUCCCUUCACUGGAUCUAAAUGUAUAAUCAUACCCAAAAGGAUCAGUAAAGAAGUUUGUCCUGUGAUCUGUAAAAAUGGUAGGGUCUAGUUUUAGGAUCUGUAAGGGUCGCAUUGGGAAGCGAGGAGGUCAUUUAGGGUUCAUCCAUUACCUCUCCAUUAUAGUAUUCUGUGGCUCUUUACUCGCUUUACUCUUUAUCGACGUCAUUGAAUUAUGGGUGACCUCGCUGGGCAUGAGCAAAGUGGAAGGGUUUCAUGGACUGGUUCUUCCACACAGCAUUCCUCCAACCCGUUCGGAAGAGUACCUGCUUAUGCCGAGCGUCCACGUCUGCGAACGUGCCAAACCUUUCCUCAUCGCUUUGGUUGUAUCUGCACCUCCCAACAGAAAGGCCCGCCAAGCCAUUCGGGACAGCUGGGGUGGGGAAAUACAUGUCAGGGGUCACAGAGUCCUGACCCUCUUCGUCGUUGGUCAGCCGUCGGACCCGGUUCUCGGGAAAGAAUUGGUGGAAGAGUCAAAGGAGCGCGGGGAUCUCAUACAGGGUCGCUUCAUUGACUCCUACGCCAACUUAACCCUUAAAACUCUGUCUAUGCUGGGAUGGGCUCGCCGUUUCUGCCCACAGGCUCACUAUCUGGCAAAAGUAGAUGAUGAUGUGCUGUUUAACCCCAGUGCACUUCUGCAGUAUCUCAACCACAGCUUUAAAUCGGCAGAAAGUGAACUGGCUGAGCUUUAUUUGGGUCGUGUUCACAUGCAAGUCGCACCGGAUCGCAAUCCUUCCAGCAGACACUUCAUGUCAGAAACGGCUUACGCUGGCGUGGUGUUUCCGGAUUACUGCAGCGGGACGGCGUAUGUACUUUCUCGACCGGCGUUACUCAAGCUGUCAUUAGCAGCGGUUGCCAUACCAUUACCCAGUCCAUUGCCCCCUGAGGAUGUGUUUGUAGGGAUUUGUGCUCACACCGCAGGGAUUACACCGACCCAUUCCCCACUCUUCUCCGGAGGACCUGCUGUACCAUUCAGCCGUUGUUGCUAUCAGACUAUGGUGUCGGUCCACCACACCAAACCAGGGGACAUGGUGCAGUACUGGACACAAGUGCACUCCACCGCCCCAUGCUCAUGGUUGGGUGCACGGACAUCUCUCGGUGUCUGUAAAGUAAGAGCGCUUCUCGGGACACUGUUGGGGAGAGACUCCUGAAAUUAAACAUUGUCUGAAAAGCCAGCCUGUUCUCAUCCCAAGGCGUCAUAUACUGGCGAUUUUCACAUUUCGUCUCCACCCAACGCACAUGGCACCCUUUAUCGUCAAUAUGAGACGCAGAUAUACAUGGGCCAGAAGGCGCCUCCUAGUGGUGAAACCCCAACCCUACCCCAGACCUAAACCAAACCUGAAAUGUCAAAAGCGUCACUAUAUGACGGCCUAGGAUGAAAACGCGUUAGAAAAACCAAAGGGAAAAGAACGUCUUUGGUUGCAAGGAUACUAUGCACUGCAACUUGAUUUUACAUCAUGCAAUACUUGAAUUUAUGCUCACUGUUAAGUGUGCUAUUAGUAUACAUCUUUUCAACAAAAAAUUUGAAAGUAUAUUAUUUAAAUGCACUUCUCAGAAAUAUACUUAAAUUACACUUAAGUAUAGUUACCUAAUACUGAUAGAAAAGUCUAAGUACACUAGUGAAAAAAAAAACACUAAAACAUAUUUGAAAUACAUUCAUUUUAUGAGCAUACGAAAAAGGCAUUUGCAUAUUUAUGUACUUAAUAAAAAUACCCUGCAAUUGGCUUUAUGCACAGAUGCACUACUUCCUGAACUUCAGCCAGCUCCUUGUUUCCGGUCAGCCAUUAUUGGACAAACUUGAUUAAUUCAGGUGUGCCUGUUCACGGCCCGGAUUUUAAACUUGCCUCCUCCGCUUCUUCUCCGUUCAGUCACAUCACGCUGCCUCUGAAUGAAACGUGUUGGCCUAGCACUCUAUGUCCCACUCUGCUAUUAUAGUUCCCUUUCAGUCGCUCACGUUCGACGUGACGACAUUGGGGGAUCACUUCAGGGAGCCCUAUCAACUUCGAGUAUCUACAGAACGAGCCAAUGAACGUAGGCGUGCUUGAGAAGCGUCACGCGCCCCACCCCGCAGCGCGGUUAUAAACAGGAAGCGGGCGCACGCACAGCUCCUCCUCGCCCACUCUCUAUACCCUCUUGGGAUUUGUCUCUGGUCCUUUCGGCACUUCAGAGACCACCCUUUGAGCCUCUGCAAUCAGCUGAGUUAAAAAUCUUGUCCUGUAAGACAGUUCUCCUGGUUGCAUUGGCCUCUUUCAAGAGGGUAGGGGACCUGCAUGCAUUUUCGCUCGACGAAUCGUGCCUAGAAUUCGGCCCGGAUAGCUCUCACGUGAUCCUGAGACCCUGGCCUGGAUACGUGCCCAAGGUUCUUACCACUCCCUUCCCUCCUACAAGUUAGUGAACCUGCAAGUGCUGCCUUCAAAAGAGGCAGACCCAGCCCUGGCUUUUCUCUGUCCCGUUCGCACUCUGCGCCUAUACGUGGACAGAACGCAAAGCCUCAGGACCUCAGAUCAGCCGUUCGUCUGUUACAGGCCAGCAGAAAGGGAAGGCUGUCUCCAAGCAGAGGUUGGCCCACUGGAUAGUGGAUGCCACCGCCUUGGCUUAUGAAGCCCAAGACGUGCCUUGCCCAACUGGGUUGAAAGCCCACUCCACUAGGGGUGUCGCUUCUUCCUGGGCGCUGGCACACGGCGCCUUGCUGACAGACAUCUGAGCACCUUAGACGUUAGCUAGGUUUUAUAGCCUACGUGUUGAGCCGGUUUCUUCCUGUGUGCUCGUAACACGGUCUAGUGUCGGCUUGCUUCAACAUUCCCCUCCACGGAGCGGGUACGCACUUUUUGCUCAAGUCAAGUUCCCCAUUUGGCGAACCCUGUGAGUUCCUCUGCACCCCUUCGGCAGUCGGACGUUGCGGAGCGUCUGACGCCAGGCCUAGUGCUUGUAUGCUUGUGUAACUUGUGCUAGGUUGGGUUCCUUAUGUAGUGAUCCCUGCGGCGAUCCCAUACGUGUAUUCUUCCACAUCCAGCUCCCUGCAGUGAGCCCGUGUCUUCCCUUGGCAGAGUCUGCUCUGCCGUCACUGUCUCGGGUGUAGACUCCCCCUUUUGGGCUGGAGCCACUCCAGUGACAAUCCAUAUGUUGCACUGCCCCUCCGGCCAGUCCAUAUGUGUAUUCUCCACAUUACCUCCCUUCGGGCAGGAUGUGGCUCCGCAGCGCCCCCUUUCUCUGGAGGGGUACGCUUUCCCAGUGUUAUCCGAGAGUUCCACGGUGUGGGUUAUAAUGGAGCAGCAGUCCGAACUCCCUCUACGCAAGCCUUCCGCCCCAGCCAGUUGGGGGUCUGAGAGUCUUGCGUAGGGCGCUGGAUGUGGCAGCAACCAAUGGCGUUUUCCAUUGGGAUCCCCUAACGUCGUCACGUCAACAUCACGUUGAACAUGAGCAACUGAAAGGGAAAGUCUCGGUUACUUAUGUAACCCUCUUUCCCUGAAGGAGGGAACGGGAGACGUGAUGUCCCGCCACCACAGUUGCUGAUCAUCGCUGUACGGCCGUCACAAUCUCGGCUCCUCAGCGAAAAACAUGCGUGCGCCCACCAACGUUCAUUGUUUCUGUAGAUACUCGAAGUUGAUAUGGCUCCCUGAAGUGAUCCCCAUCAUCGUCACGUCUCUCGUUCUCUCCUUCAGGGAACGAGGGUUACAUCAGUAACCGAGAAGAUGGAGCCUCCGUGGACCCGUCCCAUGGAUAUAAAGAUAAUAAUUUCUUUGUUUACGAGGAUGAGUCAGAUAAUUGGCAGAGGUAUUUGUACACCAUUGAGGACAUAUUUAUGAAUAAAAAUAUUGAUUUUAAAUAAUAAAUUACAUGUUUAUGCUGAAGUAUAUUUAAUUGUGCUAAAGUUAAACUAUUGCAAGUACACACAUCUUGCAUUUAAAGACUGAUAUUAAACAGAUAUCACACCAUCCUUACUAAUAGUGAUAUUAAACACAUUUCAGGCUUAAUAUUAAGAAAUGUGCAUUGUGCAAUAAAGAUUUACUCUAAAUAAAGUCGUUUAUAAUAUUUAUAUCAGUAAGUCUCGAGCGAUAUGUCAGUAAAUGUUAAUGGGUUUGUAGUUUACUUAGUAUGAAAUAAACGUAUUUUGAAUACAUUUUAAUUUAGGUUUUUUUUUCACUAGGGUAUCCAUGGCUUUAUAGUUGCGUUAAUUCUUUUGAUUAAGUAGCCUAUUAAUAACUAUUUUCACACAGAUUUACAUACUGUCUUGUAAAAGUAGUUGAUGAUGUGCUGUUUAAAACCAGUGCACUUCUGCAGUAUCUCAACCACAGCUUUAACCACAGUAUCUCAUCUGAGCUUUAUUUGGAUCGUUUUCACAUGCAAGUCGCACUGGAUUGCAUCUACAAAGUGCAAUAAUCAAAUAUAAAAACUACAAGUAUGACGUCAAGUUCACUUAAGUAUACUUGUAGCAUGUUUGUAGUUUACUAAGUAUGAAAUAAUUUUUUUAAUACAUUUUAAUUUAGGUUUUUUCACUAGGGUAUCCAUGACUUGUAGUUGCGUUAACUCUUUUGAUUAAGUAGCCUAUUAAUAACUAUUUUCACACAGAUUUACAUACUGUCUUGUAAAAGUAGUUGAUGAUGUGCUGUUUAAAACCAGUGCACUUCUGCAGUAUCUCAACCACAGCUUUAACCACAGUUUCUCAUCUGAGCUUUAUUUGGGUCAUGCUCACAUGCAAGUCGCACUGGAUUGCAUCUACAAAGUGCAAUAAUCAAAUAUAAAAACUACAAGUAUGACGUCAAGUUCACUUAAGUAUACUUGUAGCAUUAAAACUACUUAACCAAUAGUUCACUGAGAGUAUACUUGUGUACUUUCAUAAACUAAAUAAUGUGCUUUAAGUAUUUACAUCAGUAUACCUGUAAGUUCACUUGUAGGAUAGUUGCAGUACAAACAAACACGUAGAUGUAAACUAGUUGUGCUACGGGAGCGUAUUGCAUUCACUUGAAGAAAAAUAACCUACUCUGUUUUUCUGAAUUAACGACUAAGAAAAACUUUUCCAUGA